AUGGCGAGUCCCAUAAGUGCAGUAAAAGCUGGUGUGGUGGCGAGCACAAAUAUUGUCCCGCAACUACCAAGAAUUCACACACAGGCCCAUAGAGCCCCUAGUAUCCUUCUGGAUGUGCUUGCAAGUCCUGAUUGGCAGCCCACAAAUUCUGCAGCACACGUACUUCCCCCACUCACUGCCCAACCAGAAAUUCAGGUGGAAACAGCAAAUUUAAACUACUCCCCUUAAUUUUUUUGGAGCUGUUUUUUUUACGGAAUAUCUGUAUGCAUUGAUUGUGGAUCAAAGCAAUUUAUAUGCACAACAAUUUAUCGCUGCCAAUCCAAAUUUAAACCUUGCCAGACCAUUCGCAUGGAAACCCAUUAGUUUCCAAAUUUAAAUUUUUUUGGGCCUAACCCUCAACAUAGGCAUUACUAAAAAAAAUUAAUUGUGGUUGUAUUGGUCCACAGACCCGAUUCUUCACAUGCCCAUGUUCUCUACUGCCAUGGCCAGGCAUAGAUAUGAGAGUAUAA